UAACACACGGUCCAGAUUUCAGAUGCUAAAUAUAGACUCAGGUGAAGGUGAUGUUGGCCAAAAACCCUGCUGCGCCACGCGUGAUAUAUCGAGAAAGAGCUGGCGUACCCUCCACCUUCUCCUCAUCCAUCCCUCCUGCCAGAAGGGCAGAGAUCUCGUAGAUCCGGACGGGCAAGGAGAGAAGCUCCUCCCCGCAGAUCAUCGCACUAGUCCAUGGUUCUUUUUAACUUUCAUUGUUGAGGAGGAAAGAAGCGACGCCCCGCUUUGCCACGGCAAAAAGGAUCAAACACUCCCUCUGAUCAAGGCGACCCCCACUUCUGUUCUCAUGGAAAUCAGGGCCUGCCUCCCGGCAACACUUUCAGCAGAGCUGCAAAGUUGAAGGCGCAUUCCCAGCCGGGACAACCAGCGACGGGGAUGUCUCUGAGGAGCUGAUCGUUCCUUCAUCCCUCCCCUGCAACCAACUUUUGCUCGUCCCCCCCUUUUCCCCCCUUUGUUUCAUUACAGUUUCUUCUCGAGCCGCACGUUUUGUUUUGUUUUUUCCCCCUGCAACAUGCUGGAUUUGUCGCGGGCUGUUUUUUUCUACGCGCUCCUCUGCUCCGUUUACGCGUCGUGCCCGCCGCGCUGUGAGUGUUCAGAGGCGGCUCACACCGUCAAAUGCGUCUCCAAAGAUCUGCGGAGUAUCCCGACUGGGAUCCCCGGAUACACUAGGAAUCUAUUUAUAACCGGGAAUCUUAUCAGUCGAAUCGGUCCGGAGUCUUUUAGAGGUCUGGAUAACGUAACCAACCUGUCUCUGAGCAAUAACAGACUUUCCAAAGUGGAAUCCCAAACCUUUGCCAGACUCCUUCGCCUCCGAUCUCUGGAUCUGAGCAACAACCAGCUGGCUGUCAUUCAUCCCGAGGCUUUCACCGUCCUCAACCAGUCUCUGCGAGAGCUCAACCUGAGUCGAGCCCUCUACAACCACUCAUCAGUUAUGGACUUAGCCACAUCUCUCCGCUGGAGCUCCUUGCAGACUCUGCAGGUUCUGGACCUAUCCGACAACAGCCUCGUCUACUUGCCUUCACACAUCUUCUCUCACUUGAGCAGUCUGCGGCGGCUCCAGCUCUCCAACAACUCACUGGUGGCCAUCCACAACUCCACCCUCUCGGGUUUGGAGAACCUGGAGGAGCUCGACCUCACACUCAACUCCCUCAAGACAGUUACUGAGGAGGGCAUGGAGGAGCUGGACUCUCUUCCUAGAGCUGAUCUCCUGCUGGGGGAGAACCCUUUCACGUGCACAUGUGGAAUUGAAUCUUUUGCCCUGUGGCUCAACAGAUCUCAGGAUCACAUUAGAGAUGCAAAGAGCCUCAUGUGCGCCUUCCCAGCCAGCAUGAGGAACACGUCCAUGCUCGCUGUGGGUACACUGACUCUGGGAUGCCACCAGAGGGAUGCAGGAGCAGACCUGGCUUUGCAGACCUCGUACGUCUUCUUGGGAAUCGUCCUGGGCUUCGUAGGGCUCAUCUUCCUCUUUGUACUUUACCUCAACCGAAAGGGUAUCAAGAAACGAAUCUAUGACAUGCGGGAUGCCUGCAGGGAGGUGUGGGAGGGCUACCACUACCGCUUUGAGAUUGACUCUGACCCCAGGUUAUCACAGGUCUCCACAAGUGCUGACGUGUGAAAGGAGCAUCACCCCCAGAGUAUUUUCUUAUGAGGCUGACUUUUUUCUAAUGCAUUUAUCCUUAGCAGAAUGUUAAAAAUGUACAGAUUUAUCUGUAAAUAUAUGCAUAAGAUGUUAACCAGCCUUGUUAAUCGAUGCAUGCGCUGCCAAAUGUCCAGCUCUUUACAUACACACUGAAGCAAAAGUGCCUGAAGUCAGCUCGGUGAUCUGAAUCAAACCCACUCAGUAUUCUGUCUGAUCUGGUCUUUAUCUUCAAAAAGGCAACACAGCACUGUAAUAAAAUUCUGACACAAUGCAAAAUAACCUCUGGGAAUUUCAAGCAUAAUCACUCAUUCAUCUUUGAUCCAUCUCAAGCGCUUUGGUCCCUCCGGCCUCUUACCCCAGGGUGCCAGAGAGGAAUUAAACUACCAAAAGCUUUUUUUUUUUUUUUUCCAAAGCUUCCCCUUUAAAAUCACCACCCUGCUCCUCUUUGGCUGUUGGAUUAGAAGAGAGGGAGACAAUUCAGCACAGGCCAGCGGAAAUCUCCCUGCCCCUUCAUGCUUUCUUUCUUCUUUUUUUCAUGAAAUGUCGCUUUGUUUCAACUUCUUGAAUUUUAUUGUCAAAAUGAUGAGAACCAGUCCCGAGCUGAGGGCCGCUGAAAGCAAUCUCCCUCCCUCCUUUAAGACAACAGCCACUCUGGAGGCUCUUUGAAGGAAAAGUCUGGCUCUCCACGUUUUUCUGUUUAGGGGCUUUUCUUUCCUUUGAUAAGAUACAGAUGAUUCAGAAACACCAGCUAUGCUGUUUCAUUCAGAGGUUUUAUUAAAAGUAAAAGGAAAAUGCUUUUCAAAUCUUCCCCUAAAUGUUUGCUUUUCCCUAUCUUAGACAAGUUAAAAAACCUGUCCUUUUUGGUAAAGUUUUCUAAGCAAUUCCUCAAAUAACACUGGAACUCAGAGCCUUACAUUUGAUGCACAUGUUAAACUUUAAAGUGAAUAAAAUGCAGACAGGGUCAUCAUUGUUUCAAUAAAUGACAAAAGCAAUUCUCUGUUUUUUAUGCUCUAAAAGAAGACACGGUAAGCUGCCAUUCCUCAAUGUGUUUAUUGUCUAAAUUGCUGGCUAUCAAGGUAUUUGGAAUUGAGGGGGAGGGGGUUAGAUGAACUAAAGUGAAACAACCUCCUUUUGUUCAAAGCCAGAGCUGCAUCUUCAUCCCAUCAAAAUGGUCUCAAACUCCUCUGGGAGUGAUCCAGAAAUGCUUAUGUUUAUACCAACGAGCCUUGUUACUGCAUGUGAAUGACAAAUGACGCAUUAGGAAGUCUUGAUGUCUGUAUACUCAUUUAGCUCUAAUGUAAUCCAGUGUGUUAUAAAAACCAGAACUGAAUGUGUUUGUAAUGUUUGGACUGAAGUUGAAGCAUCGUUUCCCCCCCGAGCUGCAGCGCCACAUUAAGCCGAGCAUUUACUCGCAGAGGAGAAAACAAUUGAGGCCCGUUUGCCGACACAAAGGGGAAGCUCGGAUGGCGAGACGCUUCAAAUAAGCUUUGUUUUCCAGCUUGGAGAAAAAAAAGAUGCCUUGUGAGACUCAUUCUUUUAUUCUUUUUUUUUCUUAGCUUUCACAGACGGCCAUUAUCUCCGGGUGUAAUAGGAUUCACUUAUGAUGACAAAGUUGAGCGCUCUGAUCCAGCUAUUGUUCAAGUGUCAUCAUUCUUAAUUAUUGUCUGUGGGAGGAAAAUCCCAUGAGGAGCUUUCAUUCAGCUAUUACACAACAUGUCACACCCGGGGCAUUAAGCCGGCCACGGGUUAUUGGUGUCAAUUUGCAGAACAGAAAGGAGAAAAACUAUUCACUGCAUGUCAUUACUUCCGUUUUCACUCAUUAAA